AUGUCCGAGCUCCGUUUUGACGGCCAGACCGUCGUAGUCACUGGUGCUGGCGGCGGUUUGGGUAAGGCAUACUGUUUGUUCUUUGGCUCAAGGGGUGCCAACGUCGUUGUCAACGAUCUCGGCGGAUCUCACAAAGGUGAAGGCACUUCAACCAAGGCCGCUGAUGUCGUCGUUGAAGAAAUCCGCAAGGCCGGCGGCAAAGCUGUCGCCAACUAUGAUAGCGUGGAGAACGGAGAGGCUAUUAUUGAUACUGCCAUUAAGAACUUUGGCCGCAUCGACAUCCUCAUCAACAACGCCGGAAUCUUGCGCGAUGUCUCGUUUAAGAAUAUGCAAGACAAGGAUUGGGACUUGAUAAACCAAGUGCACAUCUAUGGUGCUUACAAAUGCGCCCGAGCUGCAUGGCCUCACUUCCGAAAGCAAAAAUACGGACGCGUCGUUAAUACUGCUUCGGCUGCUGGACUGUUUGGCAACUUUGGCCAAGCAAAUUACUCAGCUGCGAAGCUGAGCCAAGUCGGCUUUACUGAGACCCUCGCCAAGGAAGGUGCCAAAUAUAAUAUUAUUGCUAAUGUCAUAGCUCCAAUUGCUGCUAGCCGAAUGACAGCCACAGUUAUGCCGCCCGAGUUUCUCGAGCACCUAAAACCUGAAUGGGUCGUUCCUCUUGUAGCGGUCCUUGUACAUUCAUCAAAUACCACCGAAUCAGGAGGAAUAUUCGAAGUUGGUGGUGGCCACGUUGCGAAGUUGCGAUGGGAGCGAGCCAAGGGAGCUCUGUUGAAAACAGACUCGUCUUUGACUCCCCAGGCCAUUUUGGCCAAGUGGAAUGACGUGAACGAUUUCUCUCAACCUAGUUAUCCUUCUGGUCCUGCAGAUUUUAUGUCCUUGUUGGAAGAUGCGCAGAAGCUUCCUGCGAACCCAAGCGCGCCUGAUUUGGAUUUCAAAGGCCGCGUGGCUUUGGUUACUGGUGGUGGCGCUGGACUUGGACGAGCCUAUUGUCUUCUAUUUGGCAAGCUUGGCGCUUCAGUCGUUGUCAAUGAUCUGAUGGACCCAGAACCCGUGGUUCAAGAAAUCAUCAAGGCUGGUGGCAAGGCUGUGGGUAACAAAGCCUCUGCAGAAGAUGGCGAUGCUGUCGUCAAGGCUGCAAUCGAUGCUUUUGGCCGCAUCGAUAUUGUCAUCAAUAACGCCGGAAUUCUCCGUGAUAAGGCAUUCAGUAACAUGGACGACAGCCUGUGGAAUCCAGUGCUGAACGUUCAUCUCCGAGGUACAUAUAAAGUCACCAAGGCGGCUUGGCCCUACUUCCUGAAACAGAAGUAUGGACGCGUAGUCAACACAACUAGCACCAGCGGUAUCUAUGGCAAUUUUGGACAGGCUAACUAUGCCGCAGCUAAGCUGGGAAUACUUGGGUUUUCCCGCGCCAUAGCCAUUGAGGGAGCUAAGUACAAUAUCAAAGUGAACACCAUUGCUCCUAAUGCCGGUACCAACAUGACUCGUACUAUAAUGCCAGAGGAGAUGGUUCAGGCUUUCAAACCUGAUUAUGUUGCCCCCCUUGUCGCCCUACUUUCUUCCGAUGCAGUGCCUGAGGAUGGCACCAAAGGUCUUUACGAAGUUGGCAGUGGCUGGUAUGCUCAAACUCGAUGGCAACGAAGCGGUGGGCAUGGCUUUCCUGUCGAUGUCCAAUUGACUCCAGAAGCAGUUGCUGCUAAACUGAAGAAAAUUGUCGACUUUGAUGAUGGCCGUGCUGACCAUCCUGUGGAUGUAUCAGCUGGCUCGGAGCGUGUCAUGGCUAACAUGGGCAAUAAAUCCGGUAGUCAAGAGGAGGCUCCCUCCGGUGCUGACAAGGAAAUAUUGGACAAUAUCGAGAAGGCGAAGAAGUUAUCUGCAGAGGGAACAUCAUUUGAUUAUAGCGACCGUGAUGUUAUACUGUAUAAUAUCAGUUUGGGUGCUAAGCGCACUGACCUGCCGCUGGUCUACGAGAACAGUGAUAACUUCCAGCCUCUUCCAACUUUCGGUGUUGUUCCGUGGUUCAACACGCAGACCCCCUUCGACUUGAGUGAGAUUGUUGCCAAUUUUUCACCAAUGAUGUUGCUACAUGGUGAACAAUAUCUGGAAAUACGCAAAUUCCCCAUCCCAACAGAGGCUAGAACUAUCAAUGUGCCCAAACUGGUGGAUGUUAUUGACAAAGGCAACGCUGCCAUUGUUGUGACUGGCUUCACAACCAAAGAUGCACGGACUGGUGAUGACUUGUUCUACAACGAGUCCACUGUCUUCAUCCGAGGUAGUGGCGGCUUCGGGGGAUCACCUAAGCCAACCGCCUCGCGGCCCAAGGGCGCUGUAGCUGCCUACAAGCCUCCUAAGCGCAGUCCUGAUGCAGUUGUUGAGGAGAAGACCUCAGAGGACCAAGCUGCUCUGUACCGAUUGAACGGCGACCGUAAUCCUCUUCAUAUCGACCCUGAAUUCAGCAAGGUUGGUGGCUUCAAGACCCCCAUCUUGCACGGCCUUUGCUCUCUUGGUAUCUCCGGGAAGCAUGUGUUCCAAAAGUUCGGCGCUUUCAAGAAUCUUAAAGUCCGCUUCGCUGGUGUCGUUCUGCCUGGACAAACUCUCCGCACAGAAUUGUGGAAGGAAGGCAAUCUGGUUCUUUUCCAAACUACGGUCGUUGAAACCGGCAAGCCUGCUAUCAGCGGCGCAGGCGCUGAAUUGGUCCAAGACGGCAAGGCUAAAUUGUAA